AUGAAAGGUAUUCGCUGGCGUUACACUCGACUGCCCAGCCAGGCGGAGGACACUGUGUCUGGGAAGGAGAGUGAGGACGAGGAAGAGGAGGCAGCCCCAGCCCCACCUCCCGAAGACCCCGUGGAGCCCCAGCUGGCAGAAGCUGGCCAGGUUCUGGGAGCCUCGGAGAUUAGGCAGCUUAGCCUCCACCUCCCCUCGAGAGUCACCGGACAUCCCUGGCGCCUGGCCUUCAGCACAUCGAGAGACGGCUUUAGUCUGCGGAGCCUGUACAGACAGAUGGAAGGCCUCAGUGGUCCGGUGCUGCUGGUGCUGAGGGACCAGGAUGGGCAGAUAUUUGGGGCCUUCUCCUCUGCGGCUCUUCGACUCAGUAAAGGUUUCUAUGGUACUGGCGAGACAUUCCUCUUCUCCUUCUCUCCACGGCUGAAGGUCUUUAAGUGGACAGGACACAACUCUUUCUUUGUGAAAGGAGACUUGGAUUCACUGAUGAUGGGCAGUGGCAGUGGCCAGUUUGGGCUGUGGUUGGAUGGAGACUUGUAUCAUGGGGGAAGCCACCCCUGCGCGACCUUCAACAAUGAGGUGCUGGCCCGGCAGGAGCAGUUUUGCAUCAAGCAGCUAGAGGCCUGGGUGCUGAGCUGAUGCCCCUGUGGCGGGCAGCUUCCUGAGGGUCAAAACUGGGCACGCAAGGGUGAGAGAGUCAUGAAGGAAGACACCUUUGGUUUUAAGAUGAAGAU